CCAAGAGAUUGCUCCCCAAACCUCCGGGCGCUCUUCUCCCUCACAUGUAACUACUCAUCACGCUUGCAUGUGGUUUGUUAACGUUGUUAACGUCUCUGAGGGUCACGCUGGAGUACCCAAGACGAAAGUGAUCAACAAAGAACUGUUUUCAGCUGCGGCACGUGCCAUCCGAACACAGGCUACCUACGGCACGAGCCGCACGUGUGCUUGGGCGGGGCUUCCGGGCUUCUCGGUCUUCCCAUUGGUCUAAUAUUUGGCGGGAGGAAGUUUGAUUGGGAGUCUAACGGAAGGUGGGUGGUGCAAAUGCACGCGCGUAGGUCUUUCAGCCCCGGCACGCGCAGACGCAUUUCGUUACCGCCACAGCAGGAGAGAUACAGUGGUGCGCUGAAACCUUGAAUAUCAGCGAUAAAUUUUGAAGUGUUAAGGUCAAGCAACGUGACAAAAUUGAAUCCUUAUCUGCGAGUGAUACUACGAGUGUUUUGAGGACGUGUUUAUCUUAGAAGUAUGUGAGAGGAAGGGAAAGGAGAGGCCAGUGACAGCAACCAGUGGCGGAGGUGGUGGUCCUAAUAGUAGAGGAAAAGCAAUGUCGCGGGAGGUGGCGAUCAUGCAACGGUCCAUCAAGGUGGAGGUGCGCAGCCCAGUAAAACCUGAGGUACUGAAGCCUUCCAAUACGCCCAACAUUCUCGGCACAAGCAAAACUUCUUCCAUGACCAGCAAGGCGAUCACCAGCACUCUCGGGAAGAUUACGUCGAACGCUAUCACCAGAACAACAAACAGCAGUAAGGACUCGACAGGAAGAGUGAACCAGAAGCUACAGACGAGCAGCCCCAAGUCAGUCGUGAUCUCGUCUUCGUCCCUCACGGCAAAGUCUCCUCUGAAACCUCUACUGGCCAUCAGACCUUCCCCCACACCCAAAGUUUCUAUAGCUGCCUCUCGUUUAGCUCAUCGCUCUCCCCAGUCUCUCAGCACCUUCGUCAGAACUCCCUCCGCGGGUUCCUCUACUCUCUCUACGUCGGCCGCCUCGCCCUCCUCUGCCUCCGCCUCCAGUAUUUCGCCAGUGAAGUGUCGCAGAAGGAUUAAUUACAGUGAUUCCGAUGCGCCUGUGCCCGUGUCGAGGAGGAACGCAAGGGAACGCAAUAGAGUCAAGCAGGUAUCCCAAGGGUUUGCUCUCCUAAGGCAGCACGUCCCUCAGGCUGCAAGGAAAAAGAAGAUGAGCAAGGUGGAAACUUUGCGCUGUGCCGUUGACUACAUUCGGGGUCUGCAGCUGCUGCUGGACAGUGACCCUCCCUCCCAGAUGCCGGGCCCUUCUCCGGUCUCUGCCGUCCACAGCUUCCACCAUCACCACCACCAGCAGCUGCAGCAACAACAAACCCAGGUGUUCCUGCAGCCUCCACACGCCAUAGAGCCGCAUAUCCUCAAGCUCCCAGUGGCCGACGAGACCUUCCAGUCUCCAGUGUCUCUCAGAUAUGACAGUGUCACCGGAACUUUCUUCAGGACUUCUCCCACCGACUCUGAGGGUAGCCAGUCUCCCGCCCACUCCUUUCUAGACAAGCAUCCUUCUCCGCCCAACGUCACGCCCUCGUCUUCCUUAGGUGUGGGUGUGAUUAAAACUGAAAAUAUUGAUGGAAAGUCGUAUGGGCGAGAGGAGCAGGACCUGUUGGAGGCGCUAGCUUGGUGGCAACACAACAUUCAUCCAUAGUGACUGAGGCGGAGUGAAGGGUGAGGGUGGUGCUGUGAGGCAGGAAGCAGACAGGAAAAGGGAUGAUUUAUUUAUGAUGAGUUAUCCCUGGUGUGUGUGUGUGUGUGUGUGUGUGUGUGUGUGUGUGUGUGUGUGUGUGUGUGUGUGUGUGUGUGUGUGUGUGUGUGUGUGUGUGUGUGUGUGUGUGUGUGUGUGUGUGUGUGUGUGUGUGUGUGUGUGUGUGUGUGUCUGUACAGAGAGAGAGAGAGAGAGAGAGAGAGAGAGAGAGAGAGAGAGAUAUGGGAAGUUUUAUGAAUGAUAGCAUUGUUUAGUUCAAAUAUCCAUGUUAUGUAUCCAUUUUCCUAUCACACUGAAUAUGUAAAAGAGUCACCCAACUCUUGAGAAAAUGUGUAUGUCGGAUAUGUAAGCUGCUUCUUAUCCGAGUGAUAGUGAAGAAAUUGCAUCGGAGGCACGUCAGUCAGUGAAGGACUUACUGAAAUACCAAUCAGUGAUGAUUUUCAUGCACAACACUAUUUUUUUCCCUCACGAGGAUUAUACUGUCCUGUUCAGACCUGUCUCGGGAUACCGCAGGAUAAAAUGUGUCCGUAUGUGUUCAUAGUAAGAUCUUUCAGUUAUUUAUCCUUUACUCGUUCACUGCCUCUUCCUUAACAGGUUGCUAUUCUAGUCCAGACCGAGAAAGUGAGUCUCGAGUCGCACACAAGUAACACGUGAACUAUACUAUUUAUACUUUAGGUCUCCAGGACACAGGUUGCUUUAUAUUCAUCACAUAAUAUUUAUUGAAUUAUAAACUGUACAUAUGCAACACACAUAGUUUGAGAUAUGGUAAUGUCCGUAUCUAAUUAGUGAUAUUUAGCCCUAGGUACAUUGAUGAAAGCAGUGUUUACACACUAUAGUAAGUUAUUCCUGAGUGCCUUACGACUCGUCCAGUAGCUGAAUCAUCAUCAACGAGCAAAUGUUUGCACAGUAAAUGGAUUUAUUCU